AUGUCAAAGCCACUUGCUAUUGUUAAAUCUCUUGACCAUCUUGUGCUCACCUGUGCAAACGCAACGCGGACUGCGCAAUGGUACACCGAGCACCUGGGCAUGAAGUUGGAGACCUUCACACCGGCAUCAGACCCGUUGGCGACCCCGCGGAUGGCUCUGAAGUACGGAUCGCAAAAGAUCAAUUUACACCAGAAAGGUGCCGAGUUUGAGCCAAAAGCUACGACGGCCCUUCCUGGAACUGCCGACCUUUGCUUUCUUGUUGGGCAAGAUACAAACCUGGAUGAAGUUAUACAGGGUUUCCAGGACCGGGGGAUCACAGUUCUGGAAGGGGGCAAAACAGUCGCACGAACAGGCGCCCAAGGACCGAUCCAGAGUAUUUACGUCAGGGACCCUGAUGGCAAUUUGAUUGAGUAA